UGCUAAAGGAGAGUGUGAUGCAGUGUUUGGAUCUGGCUGUUCCUCUCCUCGAAAGCUGAACCAGCAUAAACGUCCAGCCUCACUGCGAAUGUUUUAUUGCCUAUUGAUCCCGAGGGCCUGAAUGAUGAAAAGCAAAACUGCGGAGUGGCCAAAAGGGAUUUGGCAUGAGCAUGACUCUGGAAAUUGUCCUUUGAGCAGCAGUAUCAGUUGAUCUGUGCAGUAUGAGUAGCACGGCUUGGGCAGCACGAUUGUUGUCGUCUCUAUGUUGAUUUUAUUUUUCAUGCUCUAUCUCACUCUAUUCUGUCCUUUAUUGUAGGUCAUCGCUUGCAACAAAGGCUGUUGAGACCUUGCUGCGGGUGCCUCGCGUCUCGCUGAUUGCCCUUUGCUGACCGCAUCAGGAAUACCCCGGAGAGUAAUUGAUUCGUUCUACCGUCUGUGCUUUCUCUCAUGUCAGUGUCAUGAUUUUUACACAGAACAACCAUCAUCCGUGCCGGAUCUGCGAAGGAAUACUUUGUGACCCGUGGCUAGCCUCUGCAUGGGGAUAGGAGAUCUCUCAUCCCAAUGGUGUCUGGACAAAUUGUGGAAGCCAUUAAAACUGUUCCAGUUCUUUCUUGCCAGGGUGGGCAGUACGAAUUUUGGGCCCCUUGACUGGUUAACACACUGGAUACCCUUCCCUGGACAAUUUUUGUUCUUUAGGGUCCACUUGGAUCUUUUGUCUACUCAGGGCCUGUGGAGUCCCAAACGUCCUCUGCAUUACAGAGCUUAAAGGAAUUACCUGGUUAAUGCACUGGCCAGGGGACGACUUUUGGUCUCUUGGUCAUUUUUUGUUCCCAAGGGUCCCCCUGGGCCUGCCGUCUACUCAGGGCCCUUACAGUCACCUCAGCAUUUUGUAGCUUUGAGUCUAAUUCGGUCCUACUCCAGAGCAUUUCAAGACUCCCUGGUUAAUGCACUGGACAGGGGUUAUUCUUGUUCACACACUGCGCAAGAUGGACAAAUCUUCUUGUCAGUUUCUAAAUUAGUGACUUUUGAGAGUAGGACUCGUGCUCCAUGGCAUGGGUCAAGCUCUUCAGGAAGCCAGGGAGUGGUGGCUAUGGUACAGGGGGCCCUGGCACAGGGGGAUAUGCCGGCUCAGGCUUGGGGAAGUCCUACCAGGCAGGCAGCAUGCUGUCACUGGCACUGACCAAGGGCCUUCUUAAUGAACCCGGCCAGAACAGUUGCUUCCUCAACAGCGCAGUGCAGGUUCUCUGGCAGCUGGACAUCUUCAGGAGGAGUCUGAGACAACUGUCCGCUCACUUCUGUCUCGGUGACGCCUGCAUCUUCUGUGCUUUAAAGAGCAUCUUUAGUCAGUUCCAGCAGAGCCGAGAGCGGGUGUUGCCGUCAGAUACGCUGCGGCAUGCGCUGGCUGAGACGUUUAAAGACGAGCAGCGCUUCCAGCUGGGCCUGAUGGACGACGCUGCCGAAUGCUUUGAGAACAUCCUGGCAAGGAUUCACCUGCACUUGGUGUCCGACUCAUCUGAAGUCUGUACCUCCAAAUCCUGCAUCACGCACCAGAAGUUUGCCAUGACUCUCUAUGAGCAGUUUGUGUGUCGGAGCUGUGGUGCGUCGUCGGACCCUCUGCCCUUCACCGAACUGGUGCACUACGUCUCCACCACGGCCCUCUGCCAACAGGUUGAGCGGGUGUUGGAGAGGACCGACAGACUGCGCUCCGACAUGUUUGGUGAACUGCUGCAGGCGGCAAACACCAUUGGAGACCUCCGCAACUGCCCCAGUAACUGUGGGCAGAGCAUCAAAAUUCGACGGGUGCUGAUGAACUGUCCCGAGAUCGUCACCAUUGGCUUCGUGUGGGACGCCGAACAGUCGGAUCUAACCGAGGACGUGAUCUGCUCUCUCGGUCCACAUCUCAACCUGUCGGGGCUUUUCUAUCGGGUUAUGGAUGAAAAUGCCAAGAAACGUGAUCUUCACCUGGUGGGCAUGAUCUGCUAUGCCAGCCGUCAUUACCUCGCCUUUGCUUACCACAGCAAGUCUUCCAAGUGGGUGUUUUUUGACGAUGCCACAGUAAAAGAGAUCGGCUCCAAGUGGAAGGACGUGGCGUCCAAGUGCAUCCGGGGCCAUUUCCAGCCGCUCCUUCUGUUCUACGCGAACCCUGACGGCAGCGCAGUGUCCAACGAGGACGCCCCCCGACAAACCACCAUGUGGUCCCAGUAUAAAAGUGCCCUCAAUGGAGAGGGUCCAGGUGAGGCUUCACUCUCAGGGUCGAAGAGGUUGGACGUUGGUCGUGAAGCUCCAGCAUCUCUGCGCAAUAAUCACACGUCUCAUAAACACACCAUGCAAACAGCCAACCGCUUAAAAGUUCUUCCCGAGAGUCCGAUCAGACAGCGAGACUCUGUACAGGGAGCAGAGAGGGCAAGAACCGAACGAGUUCAUCGCAAAUCAGAGCCACACCCACACAAAGACACCACAUACCCCAGAUCCUCCUCCCCACCUGAGAACGGCCCGCGGUCCCACACGGACCCCAGACUGCAGCGAGCAUCCCGUUCAGACCGCUCCUCCGUCCACCCGACCGCCGCCGGAGGCCCAGCCGGGAAGCCCAAACCAUCAUGGCGCCCUGUGCGCGAGGUCCUGAACGUGGACCGAGUUCUGAGUGACCUGGAGCGUCGCCGGCAGCACCAGCAGCAGCAGCAGCAUCACGGCAGUCCGCGCUGCAAUCGGCAUCAGGAGAGGGCGCCGUCCGAGCGCAGGCCCAGAGGCCUGAUGACCAUCUACGAGGACGAGUCGAGGCCGGAGACGGAGAGCCGCAGUUCGCUGGAGUCUCGACGCGAGGCCACGCUCAGGGGCGAAGCGGUGGCGGCACCCAGAGCGGAUCACUGGACCAUCCAGAGGACCGAAUCGGGCUACGAGAGCAGCGACAGGCUGAGCAGUGGCAGUACCAAUGCCGACUCUCCAGGAGUGGAUAACCUGGGGGGGAAGGAGAUACGAGGCACCGAGGCUCAGCAGCUCAGGUCUCAAGUGCAUCACGGUCGCGGUGAGUCCAAAACAGAAACCGCACACUCACCGCUGUGCCACAACAAGCAUUUGUCGAAGAUCCAGGGGAAAAAUGAUCACCUGCUGAAGAGCAGUCCAAGUUCAAGACGGACGCAGAGAUAUUCCUCCUCAGAGUGUAACAGCUCCGAUGAGACGAGUAACGCCGCAUCAGAACACGAGGACAGCGCCUACCGCUCCAGCACCAGCGAAACAGCAGCCGCCGAUUCCCCUCUGACACCCCUGACCCCGCCCCCCGCACGACCCAAACACACCCAGCGGGUACCCGAGGGGCGCAGGGAGCUCCCUUUUCGGCCUCGACUCCUCCAGUCGUCUGAUACCAAGUCCGGAUCGGAUCAGGAGCGCAGGGAGGACGGGCCGGGCGAGACGGACGAGGGCCGGGCGAGGGCCAGAGUGGCUCUGACCACCUAUUUCACCGUAGAUAACUGCAUGACCGAUGCAUACAGACUGAAAUAUCAUCACCAGAGACCGCUGGUACUCAGCAUGGCACUGGCUCCCUCCGAGCAUGCCAAAAACCGAGCUGAUACAGGCUCGAGCAGCAAUAAAUCCAUCGCAAAGUGGCACCCAGUAACUCCCAAAGGACUGGAUGAGCACGGAUAUCUGUGAAAGACUCGGUUGUUGGAAAAUAUGCAGAUUGUAGCUGUGGCCAAAGAGUCCUGGAAAGGAAUGGAUCCCGGAUUGCAAGAAUGAUUCACUGAUCGUGAGGAUGGAUCCUGGAUCAUGAGAAUUUAUCUCGGAUCAUGAGAAUGAAUCUCGGAUCAUGAGAAUGAAUCUUGGAUUGUGAGAAUUUAUCUCGGAUGAAGAGAAUGAAUCUUGAAUCGUAAGAACGAAUCUCAGAUCGUGAGAACAAAUCUCGGAUCAUGAGGAUGAGUCUCGGAUCAUGAGAAGGGCUUUUGGAUUGCAGAUGCUUGAAUGGAAUUCUGACUGGAAUAACAGAAGCAUUUAUUCAUCUCAAAAAGCCAGAAUUUUGUUCAGAUCAGGACUUUAAAUAUUCAGAGGUGUUAAUGGAGUGCCUUCCCGCUAAUUCUGUCAUGCGGAAUAGCAGCAUGAUGGUUCGUAUGAGAUGAUUAUUGUACAAUGAUGUCCUCUAUAUCUAUUUUUGAAGAUGUCUAUGCAUUCAUUUUUAUCCUUUGGUUAAUAAACUUAAUUUGAACGCUUGUGUACGA